AUAAAUAAUGAAAAUUUUUGUAGGGAAAAAAAAAAAAAAAGGUUACUUAUUUGAUCACAUCAAUUUAUCAUAGUAUGAUGAGCCUUAUGAAAGUAAAUGUAACGAAGAUUUCAUCAACGCUAGCGAAAAAGGCGAGGAUGAUGGAUCAGAUCAAGAGAAUAAUAACACGACUGUAAUGAGUGAGACAAGUACUACCGCAUCAACUCCUGCACCAGCUGCUAGUAUUGCCACAACAUCAGCCUCUGCAGCUUCAACUGCGGCUUCCACCAAAAUUUCGGCAGCAACUACUGCAGCAGCGACCGCAGCACCCGCUGUUGUGCAAUCCCAGCAACCACAGCAUCGACCUUAUACUUCUCACACCCAACCUUAUCAUCCACCCAAUGCGACACCCAUGAUGAGCAGUUAUUCACAACCUACUGGACAAACUGCAGCGGAUCCAAAUAUGGUACAUCAACGGUCAAUGCCACCUGCUUACGAAGUGUUUCCCAUGUACAAUAUGCAAUAUUCUCAAAGGCCACCCUCGGCUAUGUAUGGACCAUUGCCUCCUCCUAUGCACCCUUCGCAUCCUCACCACUCUGCAGCUGCUCAAGCAGCUCCAAACCAUCCACAGGGGCUCAUGGCUCAUCCUUCUCACCACCCACAGCAGCAUCCUCAUCAUUAUCCAUCACAACCACCGUCGCAACACCCUUAUCCUCCUCCGACAAACGCCAAUGGAAUGACUUAUCCUUCGCCUUCACCGCAACCAAUGUAUAUUCAGUCUGUGAAUAAGGAGCAGGCGGCAAUGCAAUGGGGCUCAUUACCACCGCCUCAAGGAGCCCAACAUAACAAUAGCUCUACGAACGUCAUGCCUGCAGCAGCUUCUUCUGUGCCUACGUUGACUACACCUUCCUCCGAUUCCAUGGACAGAAUGACGUCUACAACCGUUUCCAGUAAUUCCCCUCAUUCUCAUCACCGCACUUACGAGCAACCGCAAUUACAGCAACAACAUGAAGGCUUGCAUCAUAGUAACAGUAGUAACAGUAAUGGAAGUAGAACACCCGGCCAUUCCCGGAACAACAGCAGUAGUAGUAAACGACCUAACCUGCGUGUUCAAAUCCCAAGCGAGAGUCCACAACCAACACAAUAUUCUCAGGCACGAGACCACCACCCCCAGCAGCAGCAACAGCAACAGCAACAGCAACAACAACAGCAACAACCAUCAAAUUCUGACCAGCACACUCAGCAGCAGCAUCAAGCACAACAAGAUCAGCAACAAUCCAGUCGUAACGACAAUAGUAGCAGUGGUAGCAGCAGUAACAAUAAUAACAGUAAUCCCAGUACAAGCAUGAGCCUUAACCCUCCAUCUGCUCUCCCCUCUCAGUUCGCUCAGAAUCUUCCCUCUCCCUCUCAGUAUUUCAAUCAACAUUUGGAAAUGAUGCCAAGUCCAUUGAAUUUUAGUAUGACGCCAGUCAAUACAUCGAGUAGCUUCAAUUGGCCGCCAAGUAAUAACAAUAGUAAUAGUAGUUCCUCUGCCAAUAACAAUACAACAACAACAGCAACAUCGUCAGCAUCCACAUCGAAAGGCUAUAAGCCUUCUCCUUUAAAUACGUAUAAAACUGAAGCGCAACAGCAAAAGCAACAACAACAACAGGAAGGUUCUUCCACCGAUAAUAACAAAAGGCGAGAGCCGGAUAGUUCUUAUGAUAUGAUAAAUAUGAAUAAGAGACUCAAAGUUGAAACGUAAAAAAAAAAAACUAACACACACUAUUAUACUCACACAUUUCUCUUUCACUUUAACCUUGUAACAUAUAUUACUGUCAUGCAUUCGACCUUUUUUUUUUAAAUACCCUGCUUAACUUUUUCAAAUAAAUAUCAAAAGAUAAAACUGUCAUUCUUUAUAGCCUUUGACCUUCAUCG